AUGGCAGAUGAACGGGUAAAAUCAACAAAAGUAGAAUUCAAAGGCAAAUUACAUUGGGAACUUAUCUUUGAUUUCAACCACAUAGAGAAAGAUGCAACAGCGGAACGUGAGAAGACGGAAAAAAUAAGAGAAUUGUACACAGUUCGUACCGUGGUGGAGACAGUGGAUGAAACUGCAAAAACUAAAACCAAUACAGAUAAUGUUUCAUUCAGUCUUGGUGCCACAACUAAGCUACUGUCGGCAAGUAUUGGUUCUAGUUUUGAGAAUUCAGAAAAAGUUUGCAGUUUCAUGUCAAAACAUAUGCAAGAAACUAAGAACCAUGAACGUGAAUGGGAAGUUGAAGAAAAAUACAAACUCCGUGCUAACACUCGGUUAGCGUUGUAUCAAAUAUAUUUUAUGGCACCAGGUGUUGUUUAUCCAGGAGCUUUAGUUAAUGAUAAACAAGACGAUAAAGACGUCCACAUUUUUAUUGAUGUGCAAACUAUCGAGUUAAUUCGAGAUCUCCAAGUCAGAUAUGGCAAUAAUCCAUCUGAUGCAUCAGAAGAGAAUUGGGUACAAGAAAUAAAUAAACAAAACGAUGUUAAUUCCGGUGAUCUAAAUAAAGGCUUUGGUGGAAAAUAUACAUGGCUUGUCCCUGAGUACACAACAAAUGUGAAAGAUGCCGCUACAAGUUUUACCAUCUAUGUGCAAUCGCAAGCAAAACAACACUGGGACGACAUUGCAAAAGGCACUGGUGGAGAUUUUCGAUACGUUAAGCCUAUAAAAAACCAACGGACAAGUAAAAAGAUUUGUGAGAUUAACCUAUUACGCUCAAGUAACUCGGUCCAGGAGACACCUGAUGGUUAUUCUGGUAUGUCAAAAGACAUAAACGAAGGUCGCAAAAAAGAUUUUUUGUAUCUUAUUUGGAAGACUGUUGACACAUAUACUUAGCCGAAAAAUAAAAAAUACAUACAGUAAACUGAAGAAGAGCAUUCGUUUUUGAACACGUUCUAAAUAAACAGAGUUCUAAAUGCGUAUGGAAGACGAGACUGGACUGGAUAAAGCUUCUUUGUUCUUCAAUCAGUGAUAUUAAAAAUCUUAUCUGCUUGAUGCUGUACCAUUGUUACAAUCAUGUCUACCUCACUAUAUGCAAUCUAUCUGAUCUAGAAUAUGUAUUGAACAAAUUUGAAGUCGAUGUGAAACAUUUAUUUUAGCUAUUUCUGAAUAAAAAUCGUCUGUUCAGACACAAUAAGGAUGUUCGAAAGUAUUUGAA